AUGAGCAACUUUGGGCAGAUUCUGAAGGAGAUUGACACCUUUGGUUUAUUUCAGAAACGUUUGGUGGCUGCAUUAUGCAUCCCAAGCAUAUUUCUAGCUUUCGACGUUAUCGGCCAAGUGUUUACAGGCAUGAGCUUCCCGCACCACUGCAACACUGACUGGAUUGCAGAGCGUAGGCCCAACCUGACAGAUGCCAGGCAAAAAAAUCUCACCAUCCCGGUGAAUGAGAACGGAGAGUUUGAGAGCUGUGUGAUGUUCACACCUGUGGAUUGGGAUUUGGAAAUGAUUGAAAAAUAUGGGAUCAACACGACAACAGGAUGCAUUAAUGGAUCAGAUUUUGAGGCACCCAAUGGUGCCUCCAGCAUUGUGACAGAGUUUGACCUGGUGUGUGGCAGGAGCAGCAUGAUUGAAGCCUCACAGUCCAUCUACAUGGCCGGUCUUCUGGUUGGAGCACUAGUCCUGGGCUCCAUGGCUGACAGGUUUGGUCGACGCUUUGUGGUCCUGCUUUCACUCCUCUUCCUGAUGCUGUUUGGUGUGGGUGCUGCUUUCUCACCCAACAUCUAUGUUUAUAUAGUUCUCAGGUUUUUAGGUGGCAUCUCAGUCUCGGGCAUUGUUGCUAAUGCAUUUGUAAUAGGAGGAGAAUGGAGUGAUUCUUCCAAGUUUGCUUUAUGCACCAUCAUCUGCCAUUCUACUUUUCCUCUCGGACUGAUGCUGAUGUCUGGUGCUGCCUAUCUGAUCCGCAACUGGAGGAGCCUGCAGCUGGUGCUCUUCUGCCCACUUAUCCUUGUUCUGGGUAUUUUCUACUGGAUUCUUCCAGAAUCAGCUCGCUGGCUCAUUACCCAGGGCCGGAAGAAAGAUGCUAUAAAGGAGAUCCGGAGGGCAGCCAGAGUGAACAAGAGAGAGGUCCCUGAAGGACUGUUAGAGAAGCUGGAGGAUGAGACUUCAAUCAAAAGAGGAAACAUGUUGGACAUCUUCAGGAUAUCAUAUUUGAGAAAACGUGCUCUCAUCAUGAGCUACAUCUGGUUUGGAACUAGUCUGAUGUACUAUGGACUGAGCCUGAAUGUUGGCAGUUUUGGUCUGGAUAUUUACCUGACGCAGUUCAUCUUUGGUUUGGUAGAGCUUCCUGCACGCCUGGGCAGUUUGCCCGUCCUCCAGCUCAUCGGGAGAAGGAUCGGUCAAGCCGGCAUGUUAUGUUUCGGAGGUUUAGCUUGUCUUGGGAUCCUUGUUAUACCAAGAGACCUUCCCAUUGUAAUAACAGUCAUAGCUGUAUUGGGAAAAUUUUCUGCCACUGCCAGUUUUUCCAUAGUCUAUGUUUAUACGGCAGAAUUAUAUCCCACCAAUAUAAGGCAGAAUGGCAUAGGUCUGAACUCCAUGUUAGCUCGUGUGGCGGGCAUCCUUGCUCCUCUGAUCAGGCUCCUGAGUGCCUACCAUUACACCAUUCCCAUGCUGAUCUAUGGAGUCAUCCCCAUCGUUGCUGGAGGCCUCUGUUUGCUACUGCCUGAAACCCGUAACGUUGAACUUCAGGACAGUGCUGAGCUUACAAAGCUUGAUGAUGGGGCUGCUGAGAAUGGCUCUUCGACUAAAGAGGACAAAGCAGAAAAGAGCACAAAACUCUGAUUUAUAUGGUGAAAAAGAUUUCACACU